CCCACUUCCAGCUGUAGGGAAAUUGAUUAAAAUAUCUGUUAUGCAAGCUCGGCUAAGCAAAACACAGCUGCCGUGUCCGGUCUGACGCGAGCGGCCAAUGAGGAGCCGGGGUUUGUCCCGUCGGCAGCCAAUCAGGUGCAAGCGUUUGCCGACUCCUCGGUAAGACGAUCAACACUUCAGUCGUCCUGUCUCAUUUCAAGACGGCGCCGAAUUCCCGACAGCACGUGAACGCCUCGUCGCCGCCUGUCCCGGUUGUUGUUAGCGAUCGGCCGAGCGGCAACCGCGAGGGACACCAGGACAACAACAACAAAUGAUUUGUUUGUAUUUGAUGGUCCAAGUGGAAAUACGUCACGUGAGCGACGUGGUGCCUCUCCGCAGCCGCGCAACUUUUCCGCGCGCGCUCACCUUUCCCGCAAUCGCGAGGUCGCGCACGGGAGUCUCGCUUUCAGCGUCGUGGACGGGACGCGCGUGUCCGCAAGAUAGCUGGUUGUGCGUCAGCGCCGCGGACUCGUCGUCACAGAAGGGCAAAUACGACGGGGAGGAGGAGGAGGAGCGAGCGAGCGAUCGAGCGCCCGCCCGCCAGGCGCACACGACAACACUCCACCUCGUGGUGUCCCUGAACGCAACACUCGCUCGCUCCUGAUGAGCGCAAGAGCUUCUCUUCUUUUUCAUCUUCUUCUUCUUCACCUGCUUGUGAGGAGGAUGUGAGGGGAAAAUGUUUGUCCUCCAGAUGUGCUCCGCCCUCCUGGUCUUCCUGCCGCCGUCCUCUCGGGCUGAUUUGACAUGCGACGCCGCCCUCGUCACGGGCGCCAACGCCUCGCUGCAAUCGCCGCCGUCCUCUUGGAACGAGACGCAGACGCAGACCAACGCCAGCGUCCAGCGCAGCGGCGCGGCGGACGCCUACUGCGAGGCGGCCCUGGACGGCAUCGGCACCUGCUGGCCUCGCAGCCCCGCCGCCCGGGUGGUGGCCAGACCCUGUCCUGAGACGUUCUACGGCGUCAGAUACAACACCACCAACAGUGUGUACAGGACGUGCCUUGCCAACGGAACGUGGGCGGCCAAGGGCAACUACUCCAUGUGCACGGCCAUCUUGCACCAGGAGAAGAAGGGCAAGAUGCACUACCAGAUGGCGGUGAUCAUCAACUUCCUGGGUCACGCCGUCUCCAUGCUGGCGCUGCUGGUGGCCUUCUUCCUCUUCCUGUGUUUGAGGAGCAUCCGCUGCCUGAGGAACAUCAUCCACUGGAACCUGAUCGGCGCCUUCAUCCUGAGGAACGCCACGUGGUUCGUGGUGCAGCUCACCAUGAGUCCGCAAGUGCACGAGAGCAACGUGGUGUGGUGCCGCCUGGUGACGGCUUCCUUUAACUAUUUCCACUCCACCAACUUCUUCUGGAUGUUCGGCGAAGGCUGCUACCUGCACACGGCCAUCGUGCUCACGUACUCCACGGACAAACUGCGCAAGUGGAUGUUUAUCUGCAUCGGAUGGUGUAUCCCCCUCCCCAUCAUCGUGGCCUGGGCCGUCGGGAAGCUCUACUACGACAACGAGAAGUGCUGGUUCGGGAAGCGAGCGGGCAUCUACACGGACUACAUCUACCAGGGUCCCAUGAUUCUGGUUCUGGUGAUCAACUUCAUCUUCCUCUUCAACAUCGUCAGGAUCCUGAUGACCAAACUGCGGGCGUCCACCACCUCCGAGACCAUCCAGUACAGGAAAGCGGUGAAGGCCACCUUGGUGCUCCUCCCCCUUCUGGGCAUCACCUACAUGCUGUUCUUCGUCAACCCCGGCGAGGACGAGAUCUCGCAGCUGGUCUUCAUCUACUUCAACUCCUUCCUGGAAUCCUUCCAGGGGUUCUUCGUUUCCGUCUUUUACUGCUUCCUGAACAGUGAGGUAGGUGCGCUCGGCCGCCAGGAAGCGCUUCCACCGCUGGCAGGAGCAGCACUCCGUCCGGGCCCGGAUGACCCAGGCCGUGUCCAUCCCCACGUCGCCCUCGCGGGUCAGCUUCCACAGCAUCAAACAGUCCACGUCGCUUUGAUGAACGCGACUCGCUGGCUUCGGAUGUCCAACGUCUGCCAUCUUCCCGCCGGGACUCGCCGUCUUUCCGGAAACUUUCAACACAUUCCGCGCUUUCUUCCAAAAUCCUUUUCCCGUCCCGCGUUUGGGAUCUCGCGGCACGGAAAAUUGUCCGGCGUCGGCGUCGCUCCCCGCGUCCAAGUGUUUUGUGCGUGUCAUCAACACAGACACAGCAAGACAUAUUUUUGCUCUCGGGUCAGGUCGUCAGGAAUUGGACUUCCUAGCUUUGAGUAUUUGAGUAACGGCUGCUCAGAUACGUCACAUCUACGGAAUAAAGGCUCGGACGACGUUCCGUACGGCGCCGCUUUCGUCCUGUGGCGUUCUUGUCCCGUCCUGCUGAUUUUGUUGUCACGUUUGGCGUCGAGUGUGUGAUGUCAUCGACGCUGGCGUCUUGUGUUCUAGUUGGUGUUUGUUGUAUUUAUUGUUAUUUAUUUGGCUUCUUGACAUUUUCCUAUGAACUCCGGGAGACCACCUGAACAUUUUUUUCGCAACGCUCGCGAGAUUGGUCGGGGCGGACCCGCAGCGACUCACCCAAUACGCCACGUGGAAUACUUUGGCACGUUCGGAACGCGCGGCGUUGGGCUCGCCGCGUACAAAAAGGGUGCGCUUGCGACCGCCGCGUACGGCGUUCCCUUUGGGUCCAAAGAAAAACCGAAGAGAAGGUUUGACUCUCACGUGUCACGAAAAAAGCGAACUGGGGACCGUCAGGGGGUCCGGCGCGUGUCCACCCGAAGCCCAUUCCGUGAAAUCAUUACGGUAGUGGGGGAAGAUAAUUGCUCUUGGACAUUCCCGUGAUCAUUUUCCAUCUACAAAAAUAUUCCAUAAAGCCAACGACGCGAUUGGCUGUCUCUGAUCAUGCGUCAUUCCGCCGUAGUGUCAAACGUGACCUUUUUUUUUUUUUUUUUUUUUUUCCAAACAAUCUGUUAGUUUGACGUUUUGAAAAGGCCGGCACACGAAAAUAACGUUGAUUUGUGAAAACUAACAUCUUGAGACUUGUGUUUGUUUGUUUUGGAAUGGAAGGUUCCCGCUUCCGGUUGCCAUACUUGGCGUCGUCGUCGAAUUUGCGCACGUUUGUCGGUCGGUCGACGUGAGACUUUUCCACGUUUAAUGCGACCGGCCCAUUUUGGAUGAUUGAUUCAUAUUUCAUCAUGUUAUGGGUUUAUUAUUAAUGAUUCCAAAAUAACGAUGCAGGUGUCAAUUCCUUUUUUUUUUUUUGUAGGCAGCAUCCAAGCUGAUGGAAAUGAAUAUGUAUUCCGCUGAAAUAAUGUGAAUGUUCACCGAGGCUACCAAGCAACUUGUUGGCACCAAACAAACGGGAAAAGGUUCAUGUCGUCUCCCGGCUUGACAAUUUUCCUCCUGACUAAUAAAGUGCGCGUGGAGCUUUGACUCCAAACAAAUAAACAAGUCUGCUCUAUU